UAGAGAGGAUAUUUCUUCCAAUGAAAUUUGAUUUUUUGACUUCUUAAACACUUACUAAACAAUUUAAGAGUUUUAGCAAAUAUGCCAAUUUUUAGUUGGCAAAUGUACAUGUUUUACGUUUUUAUCAUAUACCCUUUAGUUAGAUGUUAAUAUCAAAUAUCAAUCGAACUCUCAUCAUUUUAGUCUUUGUUCCUUACAGUUUGACAAAUUCUUUCUAAAAUUAAAGUAAUAAACAACAUAAAACAUAAUAUAAUUUUACUAGAUUUGAAUUGUAUAACAAUUUUGAAUAACAAUAUACUCGAGUGUACAUUUUUUAAUUAAUAAUUUGAAUAGGCUAUAGAAAAGCAUGAUUGGAGUAAACAAUCACUAGUCGUUGACAAAAAGACAAAUCACACACACACACUAGUCACUAUGUACAUUAAUGUCUUAACGAUAUCGUAAAAAGGAAGAAAAAAGAUAGUCUACAAUAAAUGAAUAUCCAUCAUCCAAUGACUCAAUGAGGCAUGAGCCUCGCCGUAGUGGCAGAGUUGUAAAUAAGUGGAAAAGAAGAGGAAGCAGCGGUUUGAUCACGAACAACAACAACACAGCUUUUAUUUGAAAAUGGCUCCACUUCACGAGGUCUUCCUCUCUCUCGCCGUAGGCUUGCUUUACUCGAGAACCAGACCCAAUGAAAAGAUCCUUACUUUCGCAUUCAUUAUAUAUAUCCCACAGCAAAAAAAAAAACAAUUCUAAAUAUAACGAAAAAGAAGCGAUCUUUGCGCUUGAAUCCUCCAAUGUUGUCUCUCUAGUGACUCUCUUUAUCUUGCAACGGUAACAAAAAAAGGGUUUUACUUUUCAAAAUCCGACAGAGAAAGAAAAGACCAGAAGUGUUUCAUGUCUUUCUUCUUCUGACAAUCAUUACCAGAAAGAGACAAAGACAAAAGACAGACACUUUCCAUGUCUUUUUUGAAAGUUGGCGGUGAAAACAUGGAGAUAAGAAACGGAAUGGUGGGCCCUCCUGCGCCGAGGAUUCUCCAGCUGCCACGUAGGCAUAGCGUUCGGAGAAGGAAUACAACAUCACCGAAGAAGAAGGAUCAGAGAGUGAAGCUGGAGGCUCUGUUUCACCAAGAGAGGUCUUUUCAUCACGAGGAGGAGGGAGGGAGGAGAAGAGGGAAAGUUGCAGACGGGAGAGAGAUUAGUAGGUCUUCUCCUGUUGAUGAAGCCAAGUGGAGGUUUCAGGCGGAGAUGUUGAGAUCAGAGUGUAAUUUACUAAGAGUUGAGAAAGAGAUCGCUGUGAAGAAGAUGGAGAGGAGGAGAAAGCGGAUGGAGAGAACGCUUAGAUCUGCUGUUCUUACUCUUCUCUCUGGGAAACAGAGGAUCUCAGAAGGGAAGAAAGAGAGCAAGGCUCUGGAAGAUGAGAUUAGCUAUUUGAUUGAGAAACUCAAUGAGUUAAACUCUCCAAAGGUUAAAGACAUGGAAGGUGGAAACUACAGACAUAACUUUGACAGGCAAGCUUCUGUUUUAAGAAGAGAGCUGGAGAAGUUAGAUGAAGGAGAAGUUUGUGUUAAAGGGAUUCAGAAAAUGGCAGAAGCUAGCUUCUUGGUCAAUCCCAACACUCUACUUGAUCAAAAUAUAGAUACAUUGGGUAGUAAAAUGGAGGAGUUGUCUAAAGGAGUAUUUGUCCAGGCGCAUGGGGAAAAUAUAGGCUGUUCUAGACAUUGCAAAGCACUUAUGAGGAAGAUUACGGAUCAAGCAAGAGCAGAAGCAGAGCAAUGGUCACAAAUGCAAGAAAUGCUGAGUCAAGUGAGGAAUGAAAUGGAGGAACUUCAAACUUGUCGCGAUUUCUGGCAAAACAGAGCUCUUGAAUCAGAUUCUCAGAUACAGAAUCUACAUUCCUCAGUUGAAGGAUGGAGGCGGAAGGCUUUGUCAUCAGAAGCAAAGUUGAGAAACCUUGAAGCAGAGGUUUGGGGAUUACAAGAAGAGAUGAAAAGGUUGAAGAAGGGAGAUAAGGUAGAAGCAGAGAAGAACAAGUUACCAACAGAGUCUGAGAAGAGAGUGUUGAUUUGUAGGCUGAAAGAAAACAGACAUAGCAGCAAUGGAGAUUGGUCUAGGUACAGUGAAGAAAAAACAACAAAACCAUCGUGCUCAAGACCGCCUUUAAGAGAGAUUAAAAACGGUUCAGUGGCAAUGAGACAGAGAAGCUCCAAUGUCAUGAGAAUGUAACUUGUCAUUCUGACAAAACCAGAUUUUAUUCUGGUUUUCUAUGGUUAAUAAAACUUACAAAUCGAGUUCAUGAAAACUUGGUUAAUAACACCUAUUUUGUGAAAGCUAGUUUGAAGAUUCAUUAAUAAUUUUACACUAAUAAAUUGUUAGUUUGAACUUUAUAAUA